GCUCAAAUGCCUUGCGAGCUGCGCCUUUGUAUCCGGCACCAAUCGACUCCCCCAGUCCCUUGGCAUGAUCAGGGUGGUAGAGUACUUUCAUCUCGUCUUCAAUGGCGGCCUCUUGCGCUCUCGCCUCAUCGGCCCCUACCGAGAUUCUCGUCCGCAUCUUCCAGUACUGUGACUCCUUGGCCGACUUGCGGGCCUUUUUUUCUUUUCUUUCUUUUCUUUGCUUUUUUUUCUUUUUUUCUUUCUUUCUUUUUUUUUUGGCAUGCCGCCAUCUCCAUGCUGUCUGGGUCGCCAAUUGCCCCAGCAUCAUUUGGCACGUGGCCCCCAAAGUCAUUCCCCCGUUUGACCGGGCCUUGAUAGCGGAUACGUUUUGUGCUGAGGUAAGACUCUAUAUCCAACUUAGUAGUAUGGUGGUGCAGAUGCGGGCGAUGCCCUCGUCCAUGACGCUCAUCGGGAUGGUCGCCUCCCCUCGGAGAUUCCGCUCCAUGGCAUUGCUUGCACGGCUCAGAGGCCCAGUGUCUCAGAGUUCAGGGCCAUCCUCGACCUGAAUCAUCUAGUCCGAUGUGUCACGGUCCGAUACUGUCAAGUCAAGCUCCCCAAGGAUUACGCCCAACGUACCAAGGCCUAUGAGAGAUGGCCUCUCGACAGGGCGCCACC